UGCUAGCCGCUUCAGCAUCAACCAUGCACGACAUAAGAAGCUGAUUUGAAGCUCCAAAAGGAAAAAGCCAAUAAAAACCAAAGGACUUCCUUUGGUAGCAGGGCAGUGUUUUAACAGGGGAGAGGUGGAUAAGGAAACAGACUUUAUUAUCUUAUUCCUUAAACCUGUCUCUAUGAUUUCGUGGUUUCGUUCGUUGUAUGUGUGGGGUUUGGAACAAAACUAAGGCAAUACUUGGAAUUGUCGUAAACUAAGUUCUUCCACUGUAACAUUGUAAACUGUAACAUGAGCUCCUAUUUCGUGAACCCUCUCUUUUCCAAGUGCAAAGGCAGUGAAACGUUGGAACCAACUUACUACGACUGCAGGUUCCCUCAAGGCGUCACCCGGAGACACACGCUGGUGUACGGUGCGGGAGCGGCGGCUACGGGAUUUCAGCACCCGCCCCAUCACGUCCAAGCCUUCUUUCACCAUAGGACGCCGGCGAUCUCCACACCAGGUUACCAGCAGAAUCAAUGCGCCUUGGCUUGUCAUGGAGAUGGCACUACAUUGUAUGGAUACGAAGCCCUUCCAAAACAAACGCUUUAUGGUACCCAACAAGAGGCAAGCGUGGCGCUAUACCCAUACUGUAAAUCGUCAAAUGGCACUAACCUCGGAGAAGGACAAGGCCACCUAAAUCAAAACCAGUCUCCUAGUCUCAUGUUUCCAUGGAUGAGACCGCACGCCCCCGGAAGACGGAGUGGCCGACAGACCUACAGUCGAUACCAAACACUGGAGUUGGAGAAGGAAUUUCUAUUCAACCCUUACCUCACCCGUAAACGUCGGAUCGAGGUGUCUCACGCUUUAGGGCUGACGGAGCGGCAGGUGAAGAUUUGGUUCCAAAACCGACGGAUGAAGUGGAAAAAGGAGAACAUCAAGGACCAAUUUCCGUGUCAAAGAGUAGAGACAGAGAACGAGGGUAAUGGUGAUGGUGAGGGAGAGGGCGAUGAUGAAGGCAAUGAUGAUGGUGAAGGAGAAGAGGGAGACAAAAAGGAAACGGGAGUGGAAGAGGAGGCGAAAGAGUGAUUUUUAUUGCUCUUUCUUUUUAUGGUUAUAUGGCUUAAAAGAUGAAAGAUGGUCCCGGGAGAAGGAGAUCACAUUUUAUCACAACCGUUUUACUGAGUCAACAAGAUGAGAGAAAAAUAACUGUUCUGGAUUACAGCAAAUGGCUCUCUCUAUGAGGAUAAUAGGAUAAUAACUACUAAUAAUGUUUAACUUAUACAGUCUCCAAACGCUGCAAAGCUUCUCAUAACAUAAAGACCUGAAGCACUUGCAAAUCAUAUUGUUACGCAUAUGUCCAUAUCACAGAAUGCACAAGAGGAUAGGAUGUCUGGAAAUGUUUAAAUGUUCCAUAAAUGUUGUCAUUCGAGGAGAAGGGUUCACUAUUAAUACAAAUUCUUUGUACUUUUUUUCCCUCGAGUAUUUUUUAUGUGGGUUUGUGUGUGUGCAUUGGGAUGAUCGGAGUUUUAUUUUAUUCAUAACUGCCAAUUCCAAAGGUGGGGGGAAAAGGGUGGCAGUUGGCCCAGUGGUUAAGAUCUUUCGGCCAGUAAGGGAUAUUUCAUGUUGUUGUGUCUCAAAUUUCAAUCUAUACGCCUAUUAUUUUCACAAAUAUUGGCCUACUAUUGUGUAUUGUAAUGUAGCCUAUAUUUUGUAAACAUUGUGAGCGCUGUCUGUUCUUUUGAUCGGAAAUUCGACAUAUGUAGAAUAUUUCUUGAUUCUUGACCUAAUUCUGGAAAAUGUAAGAUUCUAGAAGACAGCAAUAAGUUAUUUUUAUGUGAUUAUUAGCCUUAGAUGCACUUAGAGGUGAUGGUAAAAUCUACCAAGAAAACGGUUUUGUCAUUAGCAAUGUGGAUCUAUACAUUCUCACUGAAGGGACAAGCCAGUGCAAUGAUAGGCCUAUAACACAUUAUAUUGCAUUUGAUUGCACGAUACUUAUGGUGUUACUUGUGGCGGUAUAGUAGGACCUAUAUUGAUCUUCCAAACAAUUGUCUCUGCGCCAUACUACCUAGUCAGCUAAAGAACGGUGUAACAACAAUUGGUGUCCCAACAACUUAAACUGCCUUAAGUAAUGCACAUUUAUUUAACCAAUAUGUUAUAAUUGAACAAAGAAUUGUACUUUAGCGUUUAAAUAUCAUUAGCCUACAAUAUUGUGCUGAUGCAAUAGACUAUUUUUUAUUGCACUGAAUAUGACCUCUGUUUGUCUUCGUAUUUCUUGUUGUACAAAUCAGCUUGAUUUCUUAUGUUUAAAGUUAAAGGAGGGUAUGUUGGUUGCGAGUCCACACACACUUGAUUGGCAUGAACAUGUUCAAAUAAAUGGAAAAAAAUCUGAA